GGAGUGCUGCCCGCGGGCUCCAUUUAUCUCGGACUAAAGCCUCCACAGAUCAAGGAUGUUGAUUCUUCUGGCGUUCAUUAUUGUGUUUCAUAUAACCUCAGCAGCACUGCUGUUCAUCUCAACUAUUGACAAUGCCUGGUGGGUAGGAGAUAAUUUUUCUACAGAUGUCUGGAGUAUGUGUGACACAAAUACUAGCACCUGUAUGGCAAUUACUGAUCAGUUCACAGAAUAUCAAUCAGUUCAAGCUGUUCAGGCCACCAUGAUCCUAUCUACUAUUUUCUGUUGUGUGGCAUUUCUGGUUUUCAUUCUUCAACUCUUCCGUCUGAAGCAAGGAGAAAGAUUUGUGUUAACCUCUGUUAUCCAGCUCCUGUCAUGUCUGUGUGUUAUGAUUGCAGCUUCCAUUUAUACAGAUAGGCAUGAAGAGCUACACAAGAGCAAUGAGUAUAGGAUUGGAGUUUCUAAAGGCCAGUAUGGCUAUUCCUUUGUCUUAGCUUGGAUUGCAUUUGCAUUUACUCUGAUCAGUGGUGUUAUGUACCUAGUAUUAAGGAAGCGUAAAUAAAUGUCAAGCAGCUAGUCAUUUGUCACUGCAGUACAAAACCAAAUUUCAGUAACCAUUUUGUAUAUAAUCAUUUACAUGGUUUUGUAGUAAAGGUAUUGUUUCUCUACAAAUGUACUGUGUUCUUGAUAUGAAACAGAAUUAAACAAAAUGGCAGGUUUAAUGGGUGCCUGGCACCUCUAGGUCAGGGGCUGAGCAGGACAGAGCCACCCUGGUUCUUUUACCUAUUUCAUCAUCACAAACCGUUUUGCCUUAACUAGAUGUUAACAGUUUAUUCCUGGCCUCUAGAAGAUUGCAAAUAAAGCCCAUGUAAAUUAAUUUGUAAGCAGUGUGCUACCUGUAUUCCUGGACCAGAUAUUUCCCUUUGGAAUAGGUUAAAUAUAGGGGGAGUGAAAAAAAUGAGGCCCAGAUCACACUGGAAGCAAACAAUUACAGAAGGCCAAAGCUGCACUCGCUGCGCCUGGCAGAGGACUCAUGUUCUACUCUUUACAAUGUACAGUAAGUGUCAUCAAGCUUUUAUUAAAACCACUUGCUUUGCAAAAGUAAACAACCCUUUUUUGUACUCCAGCAAAUUAUUCUCUUGAUUCUCUUUCACAUUUAAUUGAAACACACAGAGCCUUUGGCAGGAGAAUUUACCAGCAAAUCCACUGAACAACUUGGGACCAGAAUAGUCUGGGCAGUAAGAAACACCCCACUCAAGUCCCAUACCUCUUUAGUUUUGCAUUGUGUGUAGUCUCUCUGGAAGGAAAGAAAAAAAAAACCCAACAUUACCUUGCCUACAUCUGCAAAUUUCCAAGCAAAUUGGUGAUCAGUUAAAGCCAAAUGCAUGUUUCUAUAGCCAAACUCAACAUGGUUAUUACACCAGGCUUUGAUUAUAUAGCAAUUUCAUGGCUAUUGUGUCAUUUACAAAAGCAUUCCCUGAGUCUGCCAAUUAGGAAAUUGGCCUUUAAAAAUUCAUUCUAGAUUCCACUGUGGAUUUUGCUUGAACCAAACACUCCUACUAAAUAAAUCAGAGUGUGAUUACUUUGCUUAUGAAUUCCAGGCCAGUUUUGCAAGAUAAAAUGACUUGGUGGUUUUUAUUUUUCAGGCAUUUUGCAAGAUAAAUCUAUACUGUAAUAGCAGGCUCAACUGCUCAGCAGUGUAAUACUGGCUUUGGCUGUUGGUGACUUUGGAGUUGGGAGAUCAGUGUGGAGAGUGAAGUGGCUUUUUCUGGUUAGUCACAGCUUUGAUGCUUAAAUAUAGAUUUGACUUUGUAAAAGCACUAACCAGUUACUUCAGUACGUUCACUAGAGCUGGCCCAAUAUACAGGCAAUAAAAAAGUAAGUAGGUUUUGAAUGAGGUCUUACAUUUAAUGUAGAAAAAAAAUGGUUACUACAAAGUAGUAUAGCUCUACUGAAGUCUAUACUUACUGCAGUAUACAUCAGCUGAUGGUCUGACCCAUGCCUUCAGGUAACUGAUCCUUGAUUUCUCAGAAAAUUACAGUUCAGGUGCAUAACUCUGUAGGAACUGUCACCAACAUGAGUAACAGUCAUACAAUUCCAUCUCCAUUCCUUGAACAUCCUAAAAUACUUUGGCUUGUACUAGUUGUCUUUUGGGAGCAAAGAAAGCCCAACAGGAUUGUUAAAAAAUUAGAUGGAGGACAACAGAUUAGAAGAUAAUAGUAAAAAUGCCCACAUCAUCUGAGCAAGACUCCCCAGUCUAGCAUGAUGCUAGUGUUUUGUCAGGGCUUUUUUCUCACAGUGGGAACACUCUGAAUUUCCAGAAUUACUACCCUACUUUUUAAAAAAGUGUUUCUACAGUUUGCUGAAUAAAUUUCAGAUUCAAAACCUGAAUUCUGCUGGCAAGAAGAAUUUGUCUUAAAACAAGCAGAUGCAGGUUUAAGGUUGAAAGUAGACAGACUAUUAUCAGGUGUUUUGCUAGUUGUAUUCAGACAUGAAACAGUAAGGGAAAUUCCUAAGCAACUAUAGAUUCAAACUACCUUAUAUCUAGAGGAGUCCUGUAAAAUUCUGAGUUAAGCUGUUACACCACUGGCUUGAAGAGAUGCUUCUCCAAUUUCUCGCCUCAAUAAUGUUCAGGUCAUUUAUAGAGCAGAUAUUUAAAAUAAGGAUAUAUAUAUACAUGAACACACAGCUUAAUUCCUCAGUGAGAGCACUAACCCUUAACUAAAGUGAAAAGCACGCACACCACGGUAUACAAGCAGCAGCAUGCUCAUGAUGCCACAUAAGAGAAAAUGGGAAAUGUUAUGCACACCAAGAAAAAUGCCAAACCAGUGUGAACUAGAGUUUUAGCAGGACAAACAUACUUUUGGAUAUUCUCUCUACCUGAUAAUGCCUUUAAAAUGGUUACCAUUUUCUAUGCUCUAUAUAUUCUGAAACUGUACGUGAAAAUAAAUUCUUGUACUGUAAUAGCAAGCUCAAUACAUUUAGCAAUCUGACUUUGUCUUUAAGCUUGGGAUAUAUUUACACAAUGUUGGAUGAGAAACAGUUGAGUAUUCGUGUGAACAGGUAAAAUUAAAUUCUUCCUGCCUGUACUAGA